AUUCCGUGGGCGGGGAAAAGAGCACCUCGGCUACGGUGUAUUCAAGACAAAGGGAAGUCGCAUCAACAGGGAAGUAGUUUAACUUACUUAUUCUAGCCUAAGAGAAAUUGCUACUUCGAUCAAAAACAGCUUAUUUGGAAGACGAUUAUUUACCUGGACGAAGGCUUUCACGGAAGAAAAACAACAACAAUGAAACAGGUGUGGAGCUAUGGUUUCCUACUGCUCGCGGUACUGGUCCGCGGUCAGUUCGACGAAGAGAAACAAGGAUGCGCUUGGGAUGAGGACACCAACCCCGACCAAGGUCUUGACCCAAAAUCCCUUGAAGCUGGAGCCAGACAUUUGGCUCACUUGCCGGAGAUAUCAGAUAGCAAGGGGUGUCAGGACGCGUGCUGCGGCAACCAGGACUGUCAGCUCGCUUUGAUUGGAACCCCAGGGGAUGGAACACCGGAGUGUUUUCUCGUCAGCUGCAUGACAGAUGGAAAGGACGUCUGCGUGUUACAGUCCGAUACACAGUUCAAGGUCUACCGCAAAAAGACUCAGGCCAAGACUACAAAAGUCGAAGUUGAUGCUCUGAGUGAAGAUGUUGUCCCCAGGGAAGUCAACUCAACAGCUGCCAGUUCUGAGGAUCCUGCCAGUUCUAAGGAUCUCCUUCCCAAGAUGACGUCAGAUGACUUUAUCGAGCUGUGCCAGGCCGGUCCAGAAACGGGGCCGUGCCGCGCCUCCCUUCGCCACUACUACUACGACAGCUCCACCGGCGCCUGCCAGCCCUUCACCUACGGCGGCUGCCUUGGCAACAAGAACAACUAUGAUACCGCCGAGAGGUGCCUCGACACCUGCACAGUGACCGUCAUCCCUGGCUCUAAGGGAAGGAAAGGGUCUGGUGCAAACACACCUACAGAUGACGAGCACAUUGAAUAUAAAGAUGCUUGCAUGGUGGCCUCAGACUCGGGCCCUUGCCGUGCUGCCUUCACUAUGUUCUACUUUGACCACAGCACUAGCUCCUGCCAGCAUUUCAUCUACGGUGGCUGCAAAGGAAACAGCAACCGUUACCCCACACUGGACGAAUGCAUGGCCCGGUGCACUGGAGAGGACGGCGAGCAUUGGCAACACAAUGGCCGUAACCGCAUGACACCAGCAUUCUUCCUGGUGGCUACCUUGGCAGUGAUUUCAGCCCUUAUCCUGGUGGGUCUGAUCCUCAUCACCAUCCGGCGCACCAGGCUGCAGCAUGACCAUCGCCGCCUCAGCGACAAGGAGGACCUGCUCCCCUACGAACAGCUGUCUGAGGAACAGCUGUCUGAGGAACAGCUGCCUGAGGAAGAGCUCCCCAAAGUGGCCACCGCACCAUAAGGAGGGAGCCCCCCCCCCCCCCCUGCCAUGGAGACACUGUCGCCUUACUCCACUGUAACUUUCCAUUCUAAAUAUCACUGACCCAGAAUGCCUGCAUCUGCUGAUUUGUCAUGGGAUGUAUUCAUAUACAAUGGGAAAGUGUUAAUUGUGGCUUUUUGUCCGAUUAGCUACUGUACUAAUUACUUAGAUAAAUUGAACACCCGAGAGGUGUUUAGGUCAGGGUGUUACGUUUUAGUGAGCGUUUAGGCCAGGGUGUGACGUUUUAGUGAGUGUUUAGGCCAGGGUGUGACGUUUUAGUGAGUGUUUAGGCCAGGGUGUGAUGUUUUAGACUGGGUGUGAUGUUUUAGUGAGUGUUUUAGACUGGGCGUGAUGUUUUAGUGAGUGUUUUAGACUGGGCGUGAUGUUUUAGUGAGUGUUUAG